GGGUUCAGACAUUUCCAUCAUGGCUCAUUCAAAGACAAGGACCAAUGAUGGGAAGAUUACUUACCCUCCUGGUGUCAAGGAAAUCUCAGAUAAAAUCUCUAAAGAGGAGAUGGUGAGGCGCUUAAAGAUGGUUGUAAAAACUUUCAUGGACAUGGAUCAGGACUCUGAAGAAGAAAAGGAACUUUACCUGAACCUAGCUUUACAUCUUGCUUCUGACUUUUUCCUCAAGCACCCUGAUAAAGAUGUUCGUUUACUGGUAGCUUGCUGCCUUGCUGAUAUUUUCAGGAUUUAUGCUCCCGAGGCUCCUUACACAUCUCCUGAUAAACUAAAGGAUAUAUUUAUGUUUAUAACAAGACAAUUAAAGGGACUAGAAGAUACAAAGAGCCCUCAAUUCAAUAGGUAUUUUUAUUUACUUGAGAAUAUUGCAUGGGUUAAAUCAUAUAACAUAUGCUUUGAGUUAGAAGAUAGCAAUGAAAUCUUUACUCAACUAUACAGAACAUUAUUCUCAGUUAUAAACAAUGGCCACAACCAGAAAGUGCAUAUGCAUAUGGUGGACCUUAUGAGCUCUAUCAUUUGUGAAGGCGACACAGUGUCUCAGGAGCUCUUAGAUACGGUUUUGGUAAAUCUGGUACCUGCCCAUAAGACCUUAAACAAGCAAGCAUAUGACUUGGCAAAGGCUUUGCUGAAGAGGACUGCUCAAGCUAUUGAACCAUAUAUUACAAAUUUUUUUAACCAGGUUCUGAUGCUUGGGAAAACAUCUAUCAGUGAUUUGUCUGAGCAUGUCUUUGAUUUGAUUUUGGAACUCUACAACAUCGACAGUCACUUGCUGCUCUCUGUUCUACCCCAGCUUGAGUUUAAAUUAAAGAGCAAUGAUAAUGAAGAACGUCUCCAGGUUGUUAAACUACUGGCAAAAAUGUUUGGGGCAAAGGAUUCAGAGCUGGCUUCGCAAAAUAAACCACUCUGGCAGUGCUACUUGGGCAGGUUUAAUGAUAUCCAUGUACCAAUACGCCUGGAGUGUGUGAAAUUUGCUAGCCAUUGUCUCAUGAACCAUCCUGAUUUAGCAAAGGAUUUAACAGAGUAUCUUAAAGUGAGAUCCCAUGACCCUGAGGAAGCAAUUAGACAUGAUGUUAUUGUGUCUAUAGUAACAGCUGCUAAAAAGGAUAUUCUUCUUGUCAAUGAUCACUUACUUAAUUUUGUGAGAGAGCGAACACUGGACAAACGGUGGAGAGUACGCAAAGAAGCCAUGAUGGGACUUGCCCAGAUUUAUAAGAAGUAUGCUUUACAGUCAGCAGCUGGCAAAGAUGCUGCAAAACAGAUAUCCUGGGUCAAGGACAAGCUGCUACAUAUAUACUACCAGAACAGCAUUGACGAUCGGUUACUUGUUGAACGGAUCUUUGCUCAGUACAUGGUUCCUCACAAUUUGGAAACUACAGAACGGAUGAAGUGCUUGUAUUACUUGUAUGCUACAUUGGACUUGAAUGCCGUGAAAGCAUUAAAUGAAAUGUGGAAAUGUCAAAAUUUACUCCGACACCAAGUAAAGGAUUUGCUUGAUUUAAUUAAACAACCAAAAACAGAUGCCAGUGUGAAGGCCAUAUUUUCUAAAGUGAUGGUUAUUACAAGAAAUUUGCCAGAUCCUGGUAAGGCGCAGGAUUUUAUGAAGAAAUUCACACAAGUGUUGGAAGAUGAUGAAAAAAUACGGAAACAGCUGGAAAUCCUUGUUAGUCCCACAUGCUCCUGCAAGCAAGCUGAAGGCUGUGUGCGUGAAAUAACUAAGAAGCUGGGCAACCCUAAACAGCCUACAAAUCCUUUCUUGGAGAUGAUCAAGUUUCUCUUGGAGAGGAUAGCGCCAGUACACAUAGAUACUGAGUCCAUCAGGUAUUUGUCCUUACAAAUAUCACGGUUUCUCAGUCAUGCAUUUAACAGUGCUCUUAUAAAGCAAGUGAAUAAGUCAAUAGAUGGGACAGCUGAUGAUGAAGAUGAGGGUGUUCCAACUGAUCAAGCUAUCAGGGCAGGCCUUGAGCUGCUGAAGGUACUCUCUUUUACACAUCCCAUCUCAUUUCAUUCUGCUGAAACAUUUGAAUCCCUUCUGGCUUGUCUGAAAAUGGAUGAUGAAAAGGUGGCAGAAGCUGCCCUACAGAUUUUCAAAAACACAGGGAACAAAAUUGAAGAGGAUUUCCCACACAUCAGAUCAGCUUUACUUCCUGUAUUGCAUCACAAAUCCAAAAAAGGACCACCUCGUCAGGCCAAAUAUGCCAUCCAUUGUAUUCAUGCCAUAUUUUCAAGUAAAGAGACCCAGUUUGCACAGAUAUUUGAGCCUCUGCAUAAGAGCCUAGAUCCAAGCAACCUGGAGCACCUUAUAACACCACUGGUCACUAUUGGUCAUAUUGCUCUGCUGGCACCUGAUCAGUUUGCUGCUCCUCUGAAGUCUUUGGUAGCAACUUUCAUUGUGAAGGACCUUCUCAUGAAUGACCGGCUUCCAGGAAAAAAGACAACUAAGCUUUGGGUUCCAGAUGAAGAAGUCUCUCCUGAGACAAUGGUCAAAAUUCAGGCUAUUAAAAUGAUGGUUCGAUGGCUACUUGGAAUGAAAAAUAAUCACAGUAAAUCAGGAACUUCUACCCUCAGAUUACUAACAACCAUAUUGCAUAGUGAUGGAGAUUUGACAGAACAGGGGAAAAUUAGUAAACCAGAUAUGUCUCGCCUGAGACUUGCUGCUGGGAGUGCUAUUGUGAAGCUGGCACAGGAGCCCUGUUACCAUGAGAUCAUCACGUUGGAGCAGUACCAGCUGUGUGCACUAGCCAUCAAUGAUGAGUGCUAUCAAGUCAGGCAGGUGUUUGCUCAGAAACUUCAUAAAGGACUUUCCCGAUUACGACUUCCACUUGAAUAUAUGGCCAUCUGUGCACUUUGUGCCAAAGACCCCGUGAAGGAGAGAAGAGCUCAUGCUAGACAGUGCCUGGUGAAGAAUAUCACUGUGAGGCGGGAGUACCUAAAACAACAUGCAGCUGUUAGUGAAAAAUUAUUGUCUCUUCUACCAGAGUAUGUUGUUCCAUAUACAAUUCACCUUUUGGCACAUGACCCUGAUUAUGUCAAAGUACAGGACAUUGAACAACUUAAAGAUGUGAAAGAGUGUCUUUGGUUUGUUCUGGAGAUAUUGAUGGCUAAAAAUGAAAACAACAGCCAUGCAUUUAUCAGAAAGAUGGUAGAAAAUAUUAAACAGACAAAAGAUGCUCAAGGACCAGAUGAUACGAAAAUGAAUGAAAAACUGUACACUGUGUGUGAUGUUGCCAUGAACAUCAUCAUGUCGAAGAGCACCACAUACAGUUUGGAGUCUCCUAAAGACCCAGUGUUACCAGCUCGGUUUUUCACCCAGCCUGACAAGAAUUUCAGUAACACCAAAAAUUACCUGCCUCCAGAAAUGAAAUCGUUUUUUACUCCUGGAAAACCUAAAACAGCCAAUGUUCUAGGAGCAGUUAAUAAGCCACUUUCAUCAGCAGGCAAACAAUCUCAGAGCAAAUCAUCAAGAAUGGAAACUGUGAGCAAUGCAAGCAGUAGCUCAAAUCCCAGCUCUCCUGGAAGAAUAAAAGGGAGGCUUGAUAGCUCUGAAAUGGAUCACAGUGAAAAUGAAGAUUACACAAUGUCUUCACCUUUGCCAGGCAAAAAAAGUGACAAGAGAGACGACUCUGAUCUUGUAAGGUCUGAGUUGGAGAAGCCUAGAAGUCGGAAAAAAGCACCUGUAGCAGACCCAGAAGAGAAAUUAGGUAUGGAUGACCUGACUAAGUUGGUACAGGAACAGAAACCUAAAGGCAGUCAGCGUGGUCGGAAAAGAGGCCGUAUAGCUUCAGAAUCAGAUGAGCAGCAGUGGCCUGAGGAAAAAAGGCACAAAGAGGAGCUCCUUGAAAAUGAGGAUGAACAGAACAGCCCACCCAAAAAGGGCAAAAGAGGCAGGCCGCCAAAACCGCUUGGUGGAGGGACAUCGAAGGAAGAGCCAACAAUGAAAACAUCCAAAAAAGGAAGCAAGAAAAAACCUGUACCUUCUGUAGUAGAUGAUGAUGAUGAAGAAGAAAGACAAAUUGGAAACACAGAACAAAAGUCAAAAAGCAAACAGCACCGGUCAUCAAAGAGAGCACAACAGAGCAGAGCAGAAUCUCCUGAAAGUAGUGCAGUUGAAUCCACACAGUCCACACCACAGAAAGGACGAGGAAGACCAUCAAAAACGCCAUCACCAUCACAAUCCAAAAAAAAUGUCCGUGUAGGACGCUCCAAACAGACAGCUACUAAAGAAAAUGAUUCGAGUGAAGAAAUGGAUGUGCUUCAGGCCAGCUCUCCUAUCAGUGAUGACACUGCACAGGAAGGAGCAGAAGAGGAGGACAUUUCUGCAGGAAAUGUACGACGGAGAAGUUCCAAACGAGAGAGACGGUGAACAUGCCAGAAACUUGCAAUGUGAAAGCUUUGGGGGAAAAACAUUUUUUUUUUUUCCUUUGGUCAAGUAUGAGGCUAAAUAAAGCCUUUGAUGCACAAAACAGGACUGCCAAAGUGUGGACAGUUGGACCUUUGACCAUGAAUUUGUGGUCACAUACGUCAGCCAUUCACAUAGUGAUAACAUUGACUAAAAAAGAGUUUUGUGAAAGUGUCAUGUGUGAUGGCUGUGUAGACAUAAACUAAAGAAGAACCCUGUAAAUACGCCCUCCCCAUUUCUGACUUCUAAAGUGCUUGUAUAGCUUUUCUCUGCGGCUUUAAACUGACAGUGCCCAGCUGCUUACUGGAUCUCUUGAUCUGAGAAGCAUUUGUUAGGAUGGAUCUCAAGCAGUAGUCUGUCAGGGUUUGUAUUUGUAUUCUCUGCAAUUUUACUGUGAACAUUGGUUUUUUCAACAAUUGGUGUCAUUUUCUUGAUGUCACUGUUUGUUGGAGUUAAGUAGUCUCUUCCUCUCUUUGUAUCUCGCCUGUGUUUACCCAGGGCACCCUUCAUCCCGAGAGGUGCUAGAGCGUCUGCCAUUACACUAGAGCAGCGCAACUGUCAGGAGGACACCACACAGAUUGUGAAAUAGUCCUCAAGUUAUUUGAUGACUUUACACCUCAGUAUUGGUCCCAGAAUUUUCUGGCCUUUCAUGGCAAUGAAAAUUUUAAGAAAGAGAUUUAAAAUAUUUUAAUUUUAAAGAGUGUGUUAUAAAAUAAUGUACUAAAUUCUUUAUUCCAUUCUAUCAUCUUUUUUCAGUUUAUAUUAAUCUACUGUAUCAAUAAAAUUAUGUAAUUUGAAUGGGCUUUUAAUAGUCUAGAAUGUUAUUGUGUAUAGAUAUUACUUCUUGAACAUUAUGAUCAGAAAAUGCAAAUUAUUACACUAUAAUAUAAAAUCUGAUAUAUACACAUUAGAAAAGUUCUCGUUCUCCAUAACCAUGUAAAGUUAAUCACAAACAAAAAUUUUAUUGAUGCAGUGUAUCUUUAUAAAUCUGUUCUUGAAAGCCAAGUGUUUUGUAUUUUAUAGUGAGUUGCAUGUUCAUGAAAAAAAUUGCUAAUCAUGAGAUGUGCUUUUUCUGUAAAUUCAUACUUAGCCAUAGUAUAUGAUAGAUGACCCCUUAACAUAGUUUUUCAUCAAGAGUUUAUAAUUGUACUUUAUUUUGGAGCCAAAAAAUUGUUUUGGGGGGUGGGAGGGUGGCAGUGAUAUAUCUAGUUUGGGCUGACACUGUAGGUGUCGCACUCUCAUAAACAGUGAGUCCCACUGCAUCCAGAGCAGGAGAAAUGGACAUUUGCCUGGGUCUAUCUUAGAGAUCUGUUCUGUUGUCGUUUAUACCUGCAAAGUCUAAAGAUGACUAUUGAGGCAGCAUCCUUUAUAUAGUUGUAUGAACUGUACUUUGAAUGGAAAUGUAUUGGUUACCACCUUGUGCUCACCAGAAUCAACUCCAGAUUUAUGGGUGCAGGUUGUUUUUGCACAGUUGUUAAUAACAGCAAAGGAAAUCCCAUUCUAAGUUACCAAGCUUAUUAUGUCAAAUACAGAGCAUUUUCAUAUAGUACACCUUUAUGUUUAAGGUAUGUUUCCAAAAUUGGCUAUAAUAGAUUGGGGAUGCAAUAAAGAAGCGACUAUUUUAGAAAAUGACGUUUUGCUAUUUUCCAGUAUGAAUAUUUUCCAAAUGAUGUGAUUAUUUUUUUUUAAAUAUUUCCUCAUGUUUAUGAAACACUUUAUUUUUAAAAAGGUGUUUGAAUUGUGUCUUAAUCUUUCAGUGUUGACCUUCUCUUCCCAACAGUGCUGACAACACCAAUGGCGAAGGGAGGCUGCUGUCUAUCAGGGCAGCCAACAUUGGGUUACAAUACUUUGGAUUUUAAAUGUUUCAUUAGCUCGGCUCGCCAAACAAUGUUGUUUCAAUUUCAACAGUACAAAAGCAUGUUUUUAAAUCUAUGGCAUAAAUAAUAAAGGAUAGCUUUGUAUUUUUGUCAUCAAAGUGCAUUGAAAAUAUCUAUGGAAAUAUAUCUUUUAAAGCCAUUUUAUAAAACAUACAAAAAUUAUUAUGGAGGAUUUUUAUUUGCAUGAUCAUCGUUCAUCAAAUUUCAUUGCACAUUAAUGUUGUGCAUCAGUUCAUGACAAAUCAUGGUCAUUGUAGAUUUCGUUUGUAUUCUUUGCCAAUAAGUCUGUAAUUUUUAACCUGUCUCUUUUUGGGAGGCUUAUGAUGUAAAAUUUUCAUUUUUGUGUAGAGAAAUAGGUGCAAUAAUAAUCAAAGUUUCUGUCAUGA